GGCACUCCCCUCUGUACGAUAUGGGAGCUUACAUUAACGGGUUCUACGCCUUCUCUCCCGUUUCCACAAACGACCGUGCUGGUAUUCUAUAUGUCGCGACGAUCUUGAGUUUGAUAUUUUCGGUCCUUACACUUCUUGUGCGGUGGCACAUCCAACGAAGGACUUUUGGACUCGACUUUUGGGUUAUUGUCGCUGCUACGGCUGCAAUCGCUAGUAUCGACCUUUUCCUGAUCUCAAACGCCCUCUCAAAAUGUUCAGUCAUCUUCUUUAUGAAGCGCCUCUUCUCCAUAGACAACAGGACUGCAAAGAUUCUCUGUAACAGUCUGCUGGGCUUGGUCGCGGUCUGGGCGUUGGCCUCGAUACUAGGAUUGAGCAUUUCUUGUAGUGCAGCUACAAAGUUUGCGCUUGAAAACAGAUGCAAUGGACAGAUCACUCGAUGGGCCGUCGUAAUAACCUUCGACUCGCUCUUCGAAAUAGCGAUCUUCCUUCUCUCCAUCAUCCUCGUCGUCCCCCUUCAGAUGACCACUGAAAUCAAACUCUCGGUCGUCUUUGCAUUCAGUUUCCGUCUCCUUGUCGCCAUCUUCGCAAUAAUCCACGUCUACUACGUCUCCCAAUGGUCCUCAGCCACAGACCCAGGCAUCGCAACCGUCUACUCCCUCCUCUGGCAACAAAUCGAACUCGGCUACGCCCUAAUGGCCGCCACGAUCCCUACAUUGCGCUCCUUUAUCCGCGGCUACGANAAAGCAAUGGGCUGGGAAUCCUCCUACUACGUCCGCAACACAGCUUCCAGAACCGCAACAUCCACAUUCCAACUUUCCACCAUCAACAAAAGCAGACAUGAAGAAGAAAGAGGAGAUAACGCAGUGUUUGGAUUACAAAGGAUGGAGACCUGUGAUCGCGAGCCUUUGAGGCCUGAUCGGCCGAACUACAAAGCAAAGAUCUAUGGUCCUGGUUUGGAUAAUGUGAGUGAGAAUGUGCCUAGGAGGACGAAGAGCAGUUCUAGUGGUGGCAGCCAGGAACCGAUUAUCCGCAAAGAUGUCGAGAUUCAGGUUAGCUCUGAGGCCGCGCAU